AUGCCGCCAACAAAACAGGAAAUCUCGCUUUUGAUCAAUCCGCUGGUCCCGGAGUCGGUGCAGCAUAAUAACCGCAUUCUUUCAAACCUCCACUCCAUCACCUCCUUCCUCCUUGGUCUAACGGCCGGUAUCCUCGCCCUGCAGUCCGCAACGGGAUUCCUAUUCUACCUGGCCGGGACGGUCCUCGUGUCUGGUGUUUUUCAUGUCUUCCUGCUGCAGCGCUCGAAGGGCCAGGGCGCGGGCGUGUUCUUCCCCGGGCCGAACAUGGGCGAGAUCGAAGGGAUCGAUGACAAGGGCAUGGUGUGGGCUUCUGGGAGGGAGAUGAGGAGAAAGGACUCGUGGCGGGAUGUGUGGCUUGGGGGAGGUGUGUUCGGGGAGGCGCUGUCUGGGUUUGUGCUCGGGUGGGCUGGUGUAGGGGGUGUUUUGAGGUGA